AUGGAAGAAAAGCUUAUAGCAAAGAAGAUAAUUGAAGGAGAUGCAUACAAGCAAUAUCUAAAUUUAUGGAGAUAUGCUGCUGAGUUGAAAAGGGUAAGUGUUGGGAAUACUAUGAAGAUCAAUGUUGACAUACCAUACACAUCAAUUCAACCAAGCUUUGGAUCUUUUUACUUUUGUUUUGAUGGUUACAAAAAAGGAUUCAUAAAUGGAUGCAGACCAUUUGUUGGGGUUGAUGGAUGCCAUUUGAAGACAAAAUAUAGUGGUUAUAUUUUAAUUGCUAUGGGCAGGGACCCCAAUAAGCAAUACUUCCCAUUAGCCUUAGGUGUUAUGGAAACUGAAACAAAAGACAACUGGAGGUAG